AUGUCCUUUAGUCAGAUGUCAGAUCGCGAAGUGCUUGAUAUGGUUGCCCAAAAUAUGAUUAUUUUAAAAAAGGAAUUCUCACAAUUACAAGGCGCCUAUGAAGCGCAACAUGACCAAAUAGCGUUACUAAGGGCGGAACUUGAAGAACAUUGCGAUCAAUCGCGCAAUCAACAUAUUUUUUAUUCAAACCAAAUUCAAGGGGCGGCUACUUCCAUCCAGGCCGUACAAGACCAGCUUCUUCACCAAUCCUCCUCUCGUUCCACAGUUCCACCCCCACCGCCUCCACCUUCUGGCACUGCCACCACUAUCAAUCCCCCACCUGCCCCUACAUCUUCUAAUUCCGAUUUGAAAUUUGCCAAGCCAAAUAAGUUUAGUGGCAAAAAAGAAGACGCCCUUAAUUUCAUUAUUGCAUGUCAAGCCUAUAUAAGGGCAAAAGGAGCCAAUAGAUCUCACGAGGAGAAAAUCUUGUGGAUAACAUUGUAUUUUGAAGGUGCAGCAGAAGAUUGGGUUCGCCCAUAUAAGGAAAGGAAGGUAUUUAGGGGAGAGGCGGUUCCACUUUUGGAAAAUGUUGAUGUGUUUUGGGCCGAAUUUACUAAGCAUUACGUGGACACAAACCGUGAUGAAAAGUACCGUCAAAAAUGGAAUAAUCUACGACAGAAAGCUUCAGUUCAAGAAUACACUUGUGAAUUUCAGCAGUAUUCAGUGUCCUUGGGCUACAGUGACGAAACCUUACGUGACAAGUACUACGACGGCCUCAAAAAUGACAUCAAGGACAUUAUGCUAUCCACGAUGUUCCAAUGGCGUUGUGCUACGGCCCAACAGGUCUAUGAUAAGGCAGAGGAAAUUGCAAACCAUAUUGAAUCCACUCGCCUAUCCAAUCCGUCGGUCCCUACUAUUCGUGCCCCUUCCUCUGCCGUCCCCACUUCCAGUUCCAACCCCACUCCCACUCGUACACGUCUAAAUGUGGGAGAUAAUGUAUAUAUGAUUGAUCCCACUACUCGUCGCGCCAAGAAAGGCGCUAUUACUUCAAUUGUACAAACAACUUCUGGCAAUAUGCCCAAUGUCAGGUGGAAUGGGGAAACAAAGGAUACAAUGAUCCCAUUCCCAUCUCUCAAAAAGGACGAACGCCCUGCUGCAGCCGCCCCCAUCAAACCAAUCAUUGCUCCCACACCUGUUUUGGCCUCAAGCUCUAAAGGUCCAGGUCCUAUGGACCUUGAUGGAAGGGGCUUUGCAAAUCUCACCUGCCAUGUAUGCGGAGGUAAAGGCCAUUUUGCGCGCAAUUGUCCCUCUAAGCCCAUGUCUGGACAUGUGGCUGAUAUCGAAUGGUCUUGGGAAAGGCCCAAGGAAGAAAAUCAAAUUGAGGUUGUCUCUGAUGAGGAAGAGUCGGGAAAAGGGAAAGCCAAGGCCGAUUAA